AUGGCCGCAGCAGAAGUAACUUGGCCCUCCUUGGUCUGGUCGCGUCAUAGGCAGAACGAUACAGCCAAUCAAACCGCGGAGGCCCACACUCCGACAUGGCCCGCACCACUGCCAACACCCAGCAACAGCGUCGCCGCACAACCUCAGCCGAACCUCUAUCUGCAAUUAUCGCAGAUCUUGGAGUGGGAGAUUUGGAAUCACAACCAAACGCGUGCUGGACUAUGCUCAGAACUUACUCGUCGUACCGAGUUGGAGGCCCAAAUCUGGAAAGCCUCACACGAUCUCGCACAAUGGCAAGAGACAUGCCAAACAGUGUAUGGAGCACUUAAUGAGCAUCGCGAGGAGAAUGCGAACCUGAAGCUUGACUUAGAAGCCGCCACUUCUGAGCUUCGUCGCCUCAAGGAACAGCAGCAGCCUUGCUCCGUCCAUCACGAAGCCACGGCCGCUGUCGAAGGAGAAAUUGCGAUGGGAAACAACGUGCUGCCGAAAAUUGAGGAGGCGGAGGAAGUGGGAUCGUGGCGUCUGGGGUUCAUUCGAGAUAUCGAGCAGCAUUUCAAUGACCGCAGGAGCGUAUGAUCUGUUGUGGAAAUGAAAGCGGAU